AUGGAGCCGGAUGACAUCCCCAAGUGGGAUUUUGGGCAACUGCCCAAGGGAAUUAACCCCGUUCCGAACGACUUUAUUCCCUUUUUUGCGACCACCGACGGCACUCGUGUCGACGCCGACAAAAUCUCCCUGAGCUUUGAUCUCGCCGCUCCCACAUCUCGCACUCACGCUUUUGCUUGGGAUCGUGUCCCUGCACUUUCUUCCAACGCAAAGGGCAAGAGCCGCCAGAUCAUGAAGCGAGUUGCUGUUUGCACCGAGCGCAAGCAGCCUCAGCCUUUUGUUCUGCUCCCCCAGGUCAAUUUUAUAAUCCCAAACACCCGCGAGUCCAUCGCUUUCGACGAGUCUCUUCCUCGCAAGGUCCGACGAGGCACCAAGUUUGAGCCGAUCUCUAGAGAAGCGGCCUACUCGGGCAAAGCCAUGACCCAUGCAUUCAUGCUCAGCGAACUUAUGCAGGCUACAAUCAACGUCGCCAACAACUUCAUGUACACCUCCUCAUGCACAUCCUACGAGGACCGACGAGCUGCCCGCAACGGUAUCUGCCAGAUCACCCCCCUCAAGCGACGCGCCGAUGUUCUCAACAACGAGCCCGACGUCCCUGUCAUGCUGGCCCCCACCGGUGGUAACAAGCUUGGCUUCUACUACAAGGUGCUGCCCAUGAUCAAGCGAGCCUACUCCCGCGGUAUGACCGAAGUUGAUCUUACUACCGGUUCCGUGGUCAAGCUCUCUACUAGCUUCCUACGCCGACGCCGAAACCCUCGCGAGCACGUUGCUGCCUUUGGUGUUCCAGAUCUUUCUGACAUCGCCGACGAAUCCGAACCCGAAAGCCCUACCGUCGUUCGUGAGCCCGUCCUCAAGUUCGAGACUCGAUCGCCCGCCAAGCGUCUUGCUCGUCUUGCCAACCCAUUCUCCAAGUCCACCUCCCGUGGCAACCGACUUGCACAAGGUUUUGUCAAGCUCGUUCCUGGUCUUGCUCGUGGAGGCUUCUCUACUCCCGUCAAGUCACGAUCAUCUCCCGUUCCCCAGACCGCCAGCCCAGUCUAUGACUACGCUGUUGCUUCUCUCCAGUACUCCCCCAGCGCAUCUGAUGAUGAAGCUGAUGAUGCCUCCUCCUCCAAAGAAGGCUCACCUGAACCCGCUGAAGAUCUUCCUUCCUCUCCUGUUCGCAGCCCCGGUCGCACAUUCCGCGUCCCAUCCGAGUUUGACUCUUCUUCUAUUGCUGGCGACGAGAGUAACCAAGGUCCUCCCUCUACACCCAACCAGUCUUCCCCCGUGAACUUCUCUCGUCCUGUCGGACCCACUCCCUCUCGCUGGAACCGACCUGAGCCUACUACCCCCUUCACACCUAUCCCUCAGACUGCCACCGCUGCUACUCCCGCCGAGACUGACAGCCCUAUUGGCCUCUAUGCUCUGUUUGCCCCAGACACCCCCCAGGCUCCUACCUGCACUUACGAGACCCUCAGCGGUACCGAUCCUAUUGACUUUGGCGCUCCCUCUGCUUUUGAGAGCUCUCUCUCUUGGAUGAACACUUCUGCCACUGCUAGCGAACAAGCUCGUUCCCAGAACGUCAACCAUGCUCGCCGCCGCCGAAGUGAACCUCUUCUUCUCAAGUCUGUUUUGACCCAAGCUCGUCGCCGAUCAGCUUCUCCUCAAAAGCUUCGAUUCAAGGCCGACGACACUUUCCACGAUGUUAUCUCUAUUGCGUCGCUAUUCGACCUUCCUACUUCGGAUGAUUCUACAGUCGCUGAGCCCACUGCCGCCGAGCCUAUCCUCGCUGAGCCUACCGCUGAGCCUAUCCUCGCUGAGCACAUCGCUGAACCUAUCCUCGCUGAGCCUACCGCUGAGCCUAUCCUCGCUGAGCCUACCGCUGAGCCUAUCCUCGCUGAGCCUACUGCUGAACCUAUCCUCGCUGAGCCUACUGCUGAACCUAUCCUCGCUGAGCACACCGCUGAACCUAUCAUCGCUGAGGACACAGAAAUGAGCGAUACCAACGUCGCUGUCACCCGCGAUAUGACCAUGGAAGACCCUGCACCCAUGGUUACUACCGAUGACAGACACGUUCAAGAUGAUCAGCCCGCACCUACCGAGCAAUCCAUUGUCGAGAUUGACAUGCGCGAGAACCCUGACAUCUUCGGCACCCAUCCCUCGUCUCCUCCUGCACCCAUUCAGAACCUAUCUCGCAUGGCCGAUGAUGCCUGCAGUGGCCUCGCUAAGGUCGUGGUCACCGAGGAGAACGGCAGACUUUUCGUCCGAUUUAAGCUGUCGGCCGAAUACGCCCACAUGUUCCCUGCGAGCCAAGGCUUCGAGGACAACGAUCUGACAUUCUCACCAUCAGCGGCUUCUUCUACACCAAAAGCCAAGUCCUCUCACCAGCUUGCAAUUACUGCCACCCCUCAGCCGAUGUCUGCGAAGCGUGUGACACGACGCCAAAGCGCAAUGACUCCACUGAAGAGAGCUACCAUGAAUGCUACUGAAGCCGCCCAGCUCCGAACGCCUGUUCCGGUUACCAACCCUAACCAUGCGACUCCCAAGUUCGCAACCCCCGCUACUGGUAAUACCGAUCAAACGCUCGCUGUCUCCUGGUCCGAUGUGGAUGAUACUCCCACUCAAUUGAACAUUCGCUCUCAACCUACCGAACCUAGCCCUGCCACACCCAGGUUCGCAACUCCCGCUACUGGCAAUGCCGAUGAAACGCUCGCUGUCUCUUGGUCAGACGUGGAAGACACUCCCACUCAACUGAACAUUCGCUCUCAGCGCACCGAACCUAGCCCUGCCACACCUAGGUUCGCAUCACCAGCGGUCACUAACGACGACACGACCAUUAUCUUCCCAUGGUCCGAUGUUGAGGACAGCCCGGCUCGCUUCCGAACACGUCCCCAGCCUGCUCCUAACCAUGCGACACCCAAGUUCGCAACCCCAGCUGCUGGUAAUGACGCCACCCUUGCCCUCUCUUGGCCCGAUGUCGCCACUCCCGCUCCCGCUCAGUCCAGCACUGAAGUUGUUCCCGCCGAGGAUGAACACCAGUCUGCUACCGCUGUCGAUAACGACAGCCCCAACCGCGAGUUUAUGCGCAGCUUUAUCGCGCGCACUCGCCAACCCACAGCGACUGAGUCGGGCUCGCCCACCCCCCUCGUCGCGACGCGCAAGCCUCUCGGAGCCCUUAGCCCUAACAGGGGUACUCCGAUGAUGGCGAAGCACAAGCACGAGGGUGAGGAUGAGGACGAGGAGGAGAAGCCUUCGCCCAAGAAGGCGAAGCUGGGCAAGGGGGCCCGAAUGAAGUCAAACCUGGACAUCGACAUGGUUGACUUCCCGGCGACUCAGGUCACAGAGUCGCCGGCUCCCACCCCCACCGAUGCCGCCAACGAGGAGGCCGCAUCCCCUCCCACAACCCGCCGGUCGUCGCGCCUUCGAGGCCAGGGCGCCGGUGGGCCCAAAUCUUCGCUCCCAACCCCCAUCAAGCUCUCGCGAGCGGGGGCCGGGCGUGGUUCCUUGGCACGGAAGCCACGCUCGGAGGAGCAGGAGUUGGACCGCAAGACGCGGUCCAACACCAAGAAGAACAUGGGUGACGCCGAGUCCCCGGCCGAGGUCCUGACUAGAAUCAAGGACCAGGCCGAGGAGGACUCGGACGUCGGAGAGGGAUCGGCCGGCGGGCGACGCGUGGGGUGGAAGGACCCCUUGGAGAAGAUCCAGGGGUCAUCCCCUAAGAAGAGGGCCGAGCCUAAGGGCAAGGCGACCCAGGGCAAGACUGGGGUGGCAAAGCCCAAGGCGACGCGGGCUGCCAAGGUGGCGGAGGGACCCAAGUCCCAACGCGUGACGCGAUCUCGCGCACGCGGCGGGGCUUGA